AUGCUCCGCACCCAACUCCACGUCCGCCCACAACUUCUCUGCUCCAUAAUGACUGACCCCUCCCCCUCCCUCUCCUCCUCCUCCCCUCCCGAGACCCCGCUCCGUCCACCCUCUGCCCGCAUCUUCUGGAUCGUCGACAACUGGCCCUCCAUCCUUGGCGGCACCGUCAUCGUCCACUACGCACACUACCAGUACCUCGCCCGCUUCCGCAGACCGAACCCGAACCCCCUCAAGAAUGCCCGCUUCUGGGCUCUAGCCUCCGGCGGAUGGAUGCUCUCGUACCUCAGCAUCUGCACUGGAAUCGCCGUGGCCCAAGCCAAGGCAACGACUCUCCAAAAGGACAUUGCUCAUCAUCCGCCGCCUACCAUGUCUGCCGACUUCUGGGCCGGCUACAUCAGCGGCGCCGUAGGCAUCAUUAUCGGCAACCCUCUCGACGUCCUCAAAGUCCGCCUCCAAGCCCGCCCGACCGCCGUCUCAACACCCCUCCCCUCCUCCCCGCUCCCGAGCCCCACCGCGGUGGCAGCGGCAUCCUACCUCCGCCACUUCGAAUCCCCCGCCUCCCUCGUAACCGGCUCCGCCGCCCCAAUCCUCGGCUAUGGCGCCCUCAACGCCCUCCUAUUCGUCUCCUACAACCGCACAGAGGCCGCCCUCAACCGCGCCCUCGACGUGCAGCCCAACCUCUGGACAACGUGGAUUGCCGGCGCCGUGGGCGGCCUGGCGACCUGGGUCGUGAGCACGCCCACCGAGCUCAUCAAGUGCCGCGCCCAGCUCUCUUCCCCGCCCGCUUCAAGCUGGGCCAUCACCAAGGACGUCUGGCGCGCAGAGGGGAUCAGGGGCUUGUAUUUCGGAGGCGUGGUGACUGCGCUGCGGGAUAGCGUCGGGUACGGAUUCUACUUCUGGUCGUAUGAAAUCACUACGCGGUGGAUGGGCGUCGGAGGGGACGGCGUCCAGGACACCAACUUGAAAGAGGAGGCCGCCAAGGUGCUCCUCUGCGGCGGCCUCGCGGGCAUCGUGACAUGGGUCAGCAUCUUUCCGUUGGACGUCAUCAAGACCCGCGUGCAGACGCAGGCCUUCCAACCCCCGUCGGCGGAAAGGUCGCCUCUCCUCGCUGCACAAGGCUCGUCGCAGCAGCCGGCGAAGCGUGCGGGCGCGAUGCAGGUUGCGAGGGAGGCCUAUCGCGAAGGCGGGAUGAGAGUCUUCUUCCGUGGCCUUACGGUCUGCAGCGUGCGAGCUUUCGUCGUCAACGCCGUCCAAUGGGCCGUGUAUGAGUGGGCCAUGUAUGAGAUGGGUGAGGGCCGAAGACGGCCUGCUGCCAUUGAGCCUGCAGGACAAGUCAUUGCGAACGCGCACACCUUCAUGGAGCAAGACUGGGUAAAGGUGCUUUCCGAGCAACUCACCCGCUUCCUUAGCGCCCAGGCCCCAAACCUCGGUCUCCGAGCCCGGGACCCGUCGAACCCUGUCCGGCUUCUAGACUACGCCUGCGCUUCGGGCGGGGCUUCCUGGGCUCUUAGCCCCUUCGUCGACGAGAUACUCGGCGUCGAUAUCGCCCCCGCAACCGUAGAACGCUUCAACGAAUGCGCAACGCGCCUGGGAUACUCCCCCACGCAAGCCCACGCCAUCGCGGGCGACCUGUCUUCUGAUGGUUCCUUGGUCGCAGAGGAAUCUUUUGAUGUAGUCAUCAUCUCCAUGGCACUUCACCACCUCGAUGAUCCGCAAAACAUGCUCAAUCUGCUUGCAAAGCGAUUGAAACCGGGCGGCGUCUUGAUUGCCGUCGAGGGCGUAGAUCAUAAAUCCAUGGCGGCGGGGCUUGAGACGCACGAGGAGGGCCAGGCGGGGUCUGGAGGGCAUGGUAGGAAGAUUCACGGGCACGAGGUGCUCAAAACCACGAAUCGGCACCUGGUAUUCGGUAAAGAGCUUUUCAGAGACUGGUUCCGGGAUGCUGGGUGUGACGAGGAUCAGUUUGUGUACGUUGAGGAUGAAGAGGUCAAUCAUAUUCCCCAGGAGGCGUCUGGGAAGGCUGGAGGAUUGGACAGAAAGAUGGUGAUUGCUUCUUCAAUGAAGGAAGCAUGA